AUCGAUGUUAUACAUUAAAUAAUUCAAUAAAAAAUGCACACAAAAUGAGUUUGAAUAAUUAUAAUGAUAAUAAUGAUGAUGAUAGACCUAAAACUCCAUUGGAUGAAGAUUGUUGCGGCAGUGGAUGCAUACCAUGCAUUUUUGAUGUUCAUAAGACAUUAUUGAAAGAAUGGGAAAGUAGGAAGACACAGAAUGUAAAAGUGAAAACAAGUAACAAUUUAUUAUCUCCUCUAUCUUAUAAAGUAUUUAUUAUCACUGAUAUAUCUGAAACUUCAGAGGAUUACUUUUUGGUUUACUUGAAAUAUUCAGAGUGCGAAACAAAAAAUGAUAUUAAUUUGUACAUUGAGCCUGGACAGCAUGUUAUCUUACAUUCCUGGAGUAAAUCUCGUCCAUAUACACCAAUUUCUUGGACAUGCAAUAGUUUAGUUUUUUUGGUGAAAUUAUACAAGCAGGGUGAAUUUAGUUCGCGCCUAAAAAAUGCAUCAAUUGGUAGCGCAAUCGAUAUUAGAGGUCCAUACGGAGAUUUCAAGUAUAAAAGUAACAGUUUUCGACAGAUCGUUAUGUUCAGUAUCGGGUCGGGAAUAGCAGCACUUUAUCCCAUUACAAGAUCUAUCGUGGACGAUGAAACAGAAUUUACGAGGAUACAUCUUAUCGCAGGAUUUCAAUCGGUGGCACAGGUGCCUUUGAAAAAAGAAUUAAGAAGUUUAGCAGAUUAUUGGAAUUUUAAAUGUACAAUACAGCUGUCUCAAUUAAAUGAUGAAACAGUCAACCUUCAUGGUUUUAAUAUCAAAGCCGGACGUUUAAGCAAAUCACUUGUUGCUGAUUAUCUCCAAUGUAACGAUACAGAGACAACAUUAAUUUUGAUAUGUGGAACUUUAAAAUUUAAUCAAUCCAUGAAAGAAUGGCUCCUGGAAAUGAAUUAUUCAUAUUUAUAUAUAUUUGAAUAAAAUACUGCUCUAAGAAAAUACAAU